AGUUGCACACCAAUCGUAAAGCUACAAGCAUUCGUCGGAAAAAUGUCUUCGCAAGUGUAGUCUUGUGUUCAUUUCAACAUUUUACAAUCAUUUAUUAUCCAAACGCAGUUGCACUCGCUGUAAUAAUAACGUUAUAAGUUAUUGUGUUUCCAUACUUUUGUUAAAAAGUGCUACAGAUAUGGCUGACGAGAUGGAUCCUUGCGAGUGCCUGUGGAAUCAUGAGCUGGCGAUGCGUCGACUUAUCUCUCUGCUCCGUCAAGGUCAGUCAUACUGCACAGAAAAUGAAUGCCUGGACGAGUUCCCGAGUCUGCCAUCGCCGCCGCAGUCUUCUGCAAACAGUUUCAUGGUGAUGUUCCUCAUGAUGGCUCUCGCACUUGCCAUGUACGCUAUGCGCCCGCGCCGCAACCAGAUCCAAGAUUCUGCAAAGCCUUCGCGCAAUUCUCAGGAUCAUGACGGAGCACCUCCAACGCCUCCAAGAAUAUAAGCUGAAGAGGCUUACCAAGGGAUCACGCUAACAAUGAAUUCCAGUAAUUGUAUUAUAUAGUAAAUUGUACCGCACCGAGUUGUGGACACAAGAACGUCAUCACAACUUAUGUGUAGAUGAGUAAGAUCUUGUAUUAUAGGUAUUAUGUACUGAUAAGUUUACAAGUUAAACGAUUGGAAGUUCCGAAAAUGUAUACCGAUUCAUUUCGCUGUUGCUGCCUUGCCUUUGAAAUUAAAACCUAGAGUAGGCGUCACAAUAAUAAAGACAUUUAAGAAGUAGUGAUGCUCAUAAAGGUUCGGUCUCCUUUUACUAUUUUUCUUCUUUCUAUUUAUCAUCUGGUGCUAUUUUUUCAUCUAUUUAUUUCGACCUACAAGAAUAUGUAUGAGUAUUAUAACAGAUGUUUCGUUGUUUAUUCAGUUUGAUAUAAUAUUAUAAAAUAAAUAUUUUGCACAUAAUAUGCACAUCUUUAUUGCACUACAUGAAUAUAAUUACACAUCACGUAAGUGCAAUAAUAUUAUCAACUGUAUCUGAGUCUACGGUAAAGAUCUGAUUUUUGAAGUAUUACAAUGAAGCGUUGGCUAAUUAACUUGGUCACGUUUUUAAUGACGUAACGCGACGAAGUAAGGAAUCAAUUGAAAGCAAAGACAUUUAUAGCUUGAAUUUGUAAUCAAAAUGUCGUUUUGCAAUUGCAGUUAUUCAUAGUGCAGUACUUUGCUAUUGUACUGCCGGUUAUAUAAUAACGUUGUUGUUUUGAGAACGUCACGCAAGGUGCGCGUAACAUAGAAAAUUUAUGCCAGAAGGUACAAAAAGGUUCAUUUUACGAGAUAGUGAAGAGCUCAAAUAAAUGAGUUGAUUAAAAUUUCUCUCUAAUCGUGAUAAAGCAAGUCUCUACACAGGCUGCCUUGCCAAUACUGCAAAUGCCAAUUUGCAAUUUUUCUUUGUUUAACUUUUGCUUGAUUAGUAAUUUUAAUUACACUUAAAAAGUGAGAUGAGAAAAAUAAAAUAAUAAUUAUAAGUACUAAUUGUACGUCAUAUCACGAACACAUGCAAGGAUAUUAUUUUUGCAGAGAAAUCGUUUUGUUAUUUUUUAUUUUUCUGCUCCAUCUUGCAUUAUUAUUCCACUAGAUUUAGUUCAACUUGGGUUGGGUUAUAUUUACAACCAUUUUUUCAUUUUGAGUUAUUAUGUACUUGUACACGUUAUGUAUUUUUAUUAUAACAAAACCGAUCGAGAUUAUAUCUAUCCAGAUAAUAAAGACAACUGUAAAAUA